AUGGCCACCGAGCCUGCAACGAAUCCCAACGCCAACGGCAUCGUGGCCGAGAAGGCCGUCGAUGAGCCGUCUGCUGCGCAGGGCUUGCAGCGCUUCGUGGCCGCCAAGCAAGAAAUCUGUGAUGUCAUGGGCCAACUCGAAACCUCGUUUCAGUCAGCCAAAAAGUUUUGCGAGCAGACUUGGGUUUGGUCCAGCGAAACGGCUGAUGGCCGUCAGAGCAUGGUUGAGGCGCUGCGCGCUUCCACCGGCGAGUUUGUCAAUCGCUGCCAGCAAAUGAUCCGCAGCGUAACCCGCGAGUCCAUGAAGGUCGUCUUUGUGGGACGCACUAGCAACGGCAAAAGCACAACCAUCAAUGCCAUGCUGCACACUAGGGUGCUGCCGGCGGGCCCAGGCCACACGACCAAUUGUUUUGUGACCUUGCAAGGCAGCGACCAAUCUAAAGCUUACAUGCAGCUGCCCGGUGAUCCGACCCCGCGCGAUCUGAAGGACGUCCAGAGUCUCACCGAUGCCCUGCAACAAGAGCACGUCCUUCCGCCGGGCCAAUCCGUCGAAAUUCACUGGCCACGUGAUCAGUGCCACCUGCUGCGCGAUGAUGUGGUCAUCCUCGACUCGCCAGGCCUAGACUACGAUAGCGAUUUCGAUGCUUGGAUCGAUGAGACAACUCGCGAUGCCGACGUUUUUGUUCUGGUGGUCAACGCCGUCAGCACUCUCAGCGGUGCAGAGUCUGGCUUCUUUCACUCAGUCUGCAAAACCGUGGCCAAACCCAACGUCUUUGUGAUUUUCAACCAGUGGGACAACCUGGACGAGGACGAGGCUGAUGUCACGGGCGUUCGGGCCCAGCACAUGUCAAAAGCCCGGGAUCUGCUCGUGCGAGAUCUCGGUAUCUGUAGCGAGGCAGAACUCUCGUCACGCGUGUUCUUCGUUUCUAGCAAAGAGGUGCUCAAGAGCCGCGCUGGUUCAGACAGCCGCACAACCUCGUACACUGACCCAUCUAGUGCGGUGGUACCCGGCCUCAACACGCAUCAAUCUCGCGCUAGGGAGUUUGCUGCAUUUGAGGAUAAAUUUGAAGCCGUGAUCACGUCCCAUGCCAUUGCCACCCGUUUUUCUCGGCACAUCGACGAGGGUCGACGCAUGGCUUCGGUCUUGACCACGGGGCUGCGCGAUCUGAUCCAACACCUCACCGACGAAGCUGCCCGCGUGGCUGAGCGACUUCAUGCCAACACCCGUCUCUUGCAGGACUUGAACCGCCGUGAGGCCAAGCUCAUGGAUCAGUGCGACAAGAUUAUUCAGGAUGUACCCGAGGCCAUGUACACUGAACUGUUGGAUCAAAUGCAGGCACAAGUUGUCUUGCAGCUCCCCGAGAUCUUGUCCAGUUUUGUAAACGUUGAGUUUGAUGCCAACCAGCUGUCGGCUUACAAGCAGGCCCUCACCACACAUGUGGAGGACAACCUGCAACAAGGGCUCACGGCCUCAUGUGGGCGCGAGAUUGAAGAGCGGUAUCGCGCUGCUCGUCGACAGCUGGUGGAGCUGACGCAGCAACUCCUCUCGGGACGCCACGCACUGCCAGCAACCGUGGUAACGGGUCGUCGUUACGAAGCCAACUUGGGUCUUGACUGCCGUGGUCUGACGGACACGUUCCAUGAGCAGCUUCAAUUUGAAUUCUCCCUGUCCUGGGGCCGUCUUGCUCCGCAGCUGCUUCCUGACCCCGCUCGUCUGACCCUUGAACACGUGGCAACGGACUUGACAAAGCGCGUGACCUCAGCCGUCCAUGACGUGCAACGCCGACACGCCAGCGAGCCAGGCGGAUCAUCGUCCUCAUCGACCAGUAGCCCAAACGUGGCUGCGGCAGCUUCAGUGCAAGAGCCGGAAAUGGGUGCCAUGGCCCGUCGAACGACCAGCAUGAUGCUGGACGUGGGCCGUGCAGGGUGGGACAUUGCUUCCAACACCCCCUACACGCUCGUGGUUGCGGCCUCUGUGCCUUCAGCGUAUCGUAUGCUUCGGCACAAGUGGGUGCAAUAUCUGGUUCUUGGGGCUGGUGUUUCCGUGGCGUGCGCCUACGCCUAUGAGCGCCUAUCCUACACGCCGUCAGCUCAGGAACGCAAGUUUAAGGAGCAGUUUCAAGACCAUGCCGUGGCGCAACUCUACAGUCAGGCGCGUGAGAAUACGCGGGCGAAUGCCAAGUACAUGCGCUCACGUCUGGACGAAGAUCGGUCCCUGUUGAAGGAGCAGGUGGAUCAGGUCAAAUCAGAUCUGGAGGUGGACAUUGCCGCGAUGCAACAGGAACAGCACGCCAUUGAGACACAGCUUCGCGACGCACGACAGCUCAUCGCCCACUCGACGGAGCACGUGUCACAACUGGACCGCAUCGCCAACAACUUUUUUUCGCCCCCGCCCUCGGCGUAG